AUGAGUAACUUCACCAAUAAUAGUUUUGAUGCAGGACAGCAACCAGAGUGGUUCGAAUUUGAAUCAUCUAAUAAUACUAGUGGAUUUUACCAUGUAAAUGACACACAUGCAAACACAGAAAAUUUUAACAACACAUAUUAUUAUAACAAUGGUACCAAUAACAAUGAAAGUUAUAGUGGGGCAUUCACUGAAGAUCAAACUGAAACAGUUAAGAUUAUUUCUACAUCUUUCUAUACACCAUUUAUAUACGGUGCUAUCUUAUUAAUUUCAUUGUUUUACUUCUCUAAAUAUUAUAAGCAGAAUAAAAUUAAGAAAUUAACUCAAUUGAAGUCAAUUUUUGAUGAACAAGAUGCAAGAGAUUUAUAUUUUGAGAUUAAACAAAUGAAGGAGGAUGGCAAGGUUAAAGUCCAUGAUAAGGUACUUAAGGCUGCCUUACUUAACCGUGGUGCAGAAAACAUUAGAAGAUCUUUUAAAUUAAAAGAGUUGACUCCUCAAGUGGAAAUAUUAUAUAAAAACGGUUCCAUUGGUGAAGAUUACUGGAAACGUUUUCAAACUGAAAUUAAAAUUAUAGAAGCUGAAUUGAAAGAAUGUAUUAUGGAGGCCGAAAGCUUACAACCUGGUUGGUCACAACUAUAUAUAGCACUUUGUCAAGAAAUUUGCUUCAACCAAGCUUUACAAAGGCGUUACAAUUCUAUCCUUGAACGUAAAAAUACAUGUAUUAAAGAAUGGAAUUUAGACAUUGACAAAGAUGGCCAUCUAAUCGGUAAGGCAGAACAAAAGAGUUAA